UUUGUCGCGUGCAUUGCGUAUACUCUCUCCUCCGCAUUCUCCGAGAGCGUUACAUCUACUCCGUGCCGCUUGUCCGCGUCGAGUAUAUCUUGCGAGCAGGUUUGUGAGACGGCUCCUUCGCUGCCCUCAGUCGGCAUUCCAUAUCCGCUUGCGAUUUUCGACAAGUCUGUUGCCACCGCCCUGCCAGCUCGAGGAAGGAAGGGAGCGAGAAAGCGAAGAAGCCGACGGGAUUGUUCCGAAGCGGACGAAGGAAAGGAAAGGAAAGGAUCGUGACUAAUCUGCAGCCAGUGUCGCCCGGUCAAAAUGUUGGCUCUAUUUCACCCCAAGGUUGCCUCUCCUCCGCAGGAGAUCACCGUCCCCGGCGAGGGUACUGAAUUGCGCAAAGAGAGCACUGGCAUCAUGGAUGCCUACAAGGCUCAAUUUCCUGGAGCAAUUUCUAUGGAAAUUGGGGGCAAGUGUGCUAUGGCGUACUCUCAUGAUAAGCAGCAUCUUCUGAGACCGAGGUAUUUGGCUGUCACCGAUGACAUCACAUGCAUGUUCGAGGGAACUCUUGAAAAUAUCUCUGUUCUCAGACAACAGUACGGAAUCACUAAGAGCAUUGCGGAGGUAGCGAUAAUUAUCGAAAUCUACAAAGCUCUAAGAGAUCGGUCGCCGUAUACAGCAGAUCAUGUCAUUCGUGGACUCAACGGGUCUUUUGCAUUUGUUCUUUUCGACAACACCACCUCAUCGGUGUUUGUUGCAGUGGAUUCUCAUGGGAAAGUCCCCUUCUUCUGGGGCACGACUGCCGAUGGCUCACUUGCGUUUUCUGACGAUCAGAAGCUUCUGAAAGAAGCUUGUGGUAAAUCAUUCGCUACGUUCCCUCAAGGCUGUUACUUCUCCAGCGCCGAUGGUCUUCAGAGUUUCGAACAUCCUCUCAGUCCCAUCAAAGCUAUGCCUCGUGUUGAUAGUCAAGGUCAAGUGUGCGGAUCAACAUUCAAGGUGGAGCCCGCUCCGAAGCAACAACAAAACGCUAGAAACACAUUCCCUAGAGUCGGAAGUGAAUCGAGUUGGGCAACAGCUUUUUGAUUGCUUAGGCAGGGUUGAUAGAUCAGCCGUAGUGGGUAGCAUAUUUUGACCUGUAUAGACAUUGUCUUAUUUUGAACCAUAUCAGACCCGAGGCACGGUGCUGUAGAUGUAAAAACUGUAAUAAAAAAGAUAUGUUUUCGCACCCGGGACAAGUUGCGAGAGCACAUUCGGCACGUUGCACGUUGC